GGGAAGGGCAGCUUAUAGACUCACCCACAGCGGCACACUACAGCAAGGUCUGAUUUGGAUCUGUGUGAAGGCGGUGUUUUCUCGCGAUGGGGCUCACUACGAUCCAAAUCAAAAGCCUUGCCAUGCUGGCAAUCCUCGUCGUGGCGCACUGUAAGCGAGAAGGGGCAGGGUCAGGGUCACUGGGCAGACAGCGGGCAGACAGGAUCUUGCAUUCAGCUGUAGAUGGCUGCAGUCAGACACCCCUGGGGGGUGGAUGAGAGGGGAGUGAGAGGGGCGCUCAGCUUCACUUUGUGUGACUCUUGACCUUCACUUGCCAUCCAUCCACCAUGGGCACACCUGAGCACCUUGAUGAUAUGCAUCGCAGCGACACACAAUGCAUCCAUCAGGCGUGACAGAUCUCUCGUAAUCGGCGUUCUCUCUUAUGGUCUGGUAUGUGUGUGUGUGUGUGUGUGACUCUCAGGCCACGACGCGUCCCGCAUGACUGCUUUCAUCAGGGGCACCCCCCUGACCCGCAAGGUCGGCGGUGACUUUGCCGGCACCGGGCUCGUCUCGGGCAGCAACAAACAGGUCGGUGGGAGACGGCGCACACGGGUCAAUCAGAUCAGAUCAGCGGGUGAUUGCUCGACAUUCCUUUCAUGACUGUGUCUCUUAUAUCGGGGUGUUGUGUGUGGUGCAGUGCGUCCGUGUGUGCGGUGAGGGCCCGACUUGCGUGCGGAUGGCUUUGGAUCAGUCCAACCGCUACGUCAAGCUGGACCUGGACGAGGAGACCCUCAUGAGGAAUCAGCAGCACGUCCUCGUCGCAUACCACAUGCGACCCAAGUACCCCAUCGCCAAGGACUUCAUCAGGUGGGUGGGAUAAGAGGCUCACCACCCAAACCAGCCCCCACACAUUGUUUUUGAGUCCUUGUGUGAUGUGUGUGUGUGUGUGUCAGUACCGCCGCCCACUUUGCUGCCGAGUCGUCCACCGGCACCAACGUCAACGUCUGCACGACCGACGACCACACCAUCUCUGUCGACGCCGUCGCGUACGAGCUGGAUGAGGAGAACGAGCUCAUGAAGAUCGCCUACCCCGUCAAGCUCUUCGACCGCAACAUCACUGACGGACGGGCGAUGCUCUGCUCCAUCCUCACUCUCGUCAUCGGCAACAACCAGGUGCGUGCGCUGCCCACCUACCUUGAUGGAUGACACACGCGAGCAUGUGUCUCAUUCAUUAUCCGUCUGUCGUGCUGUGUGUUGUGUGUUGUGUGUUGUGUGGUGUGAUGUGUUCGUUCGUCUGGCCUCCUGCCUGCCUGCAGGGUAUGGGUGACGUCGAGUACGGCAAGAUCAUGGACAUCUGGUUCCCCCCUGACUUCGUGCGUCUGUUCGACGGCCCCGCGGUGGACAUCCGUCACAUGUGGCAGGUCAUGGGCCGCGAGACCGUCCCCUACGACCCCACCACGGGCAAGACCGACUGGGACGGCGGCUUCGUCGUCGGCACCAUCAUCAAGCCCAAGCUCGGACUGAGGCCCAAGGAGUUCGCUGAGGCCGCCUACCAGUUCUGGCUCGGUGGCGACUUCCUCAAGAACGAUGAGCCGCAGGUGCGUACAAGGCAGGCAGGCAGGCAGGGGACAUGUCACAAGUGGAUGGGUGAUCGGACUGAUGGACUGACGGAUGGAUGGAUGGAUGGAUGUGGUGUUUUCGUGUGCUGUGUUAUGUGUCUGCAGGGCAACCAGACCUUCUGCCCGAUGCGGGAGGUCAUCCCCAUGGUGGUCAAGUCGCUCAAGAGGGCAAUGGCUGAGACCGGCCGCCGCAUGUUCUUCUCCGCCAACAUCACCGCCGACGACCCCGAUGAGAUGAUCGCACGCGGCAAAUACGUCCUCAGUACGCGCACACAGACGGGAGGGAAUCAAUCCAUCAAGGAAUCGCUCGUCGCACAGAUCCUCGUGUGUGUGUAUGUGUCGGUUGAUGUGAUGUCAUGUGUGUGCAGGUCAGUUUGAUCACCUGGCGGAGCAGUGCGCUCUCCUGGUGGACGGUUUCGUGGCUGGCCCCACGGCCGUGGCGACAGCGCGCCGCAACUUCCCCCGUCAGUGGCUGCACUACCAUCGCGCCGGCCACGGCAUGAUCACCUCCCCCCAGACCCAGCGAGGCUACACCGCCCUGGUGCUCUCCAAGUUCUCGCGAUUGCUCGGCUCGUCGGGUAUCCACGUCGGCACCAUGGGCUUCGGCAAGAUGGAGUCAGAAGCCAGCGACCGGUCAGUUAAUGAGACACACACACACACACACACACACGCGGAUGGAUGGAUGUGCAGUGACAUCGUGUACAUGCUUGAGAGGGAUGUGGCGAAGGGCCCGUACUUCACGCAGCAGUGGGCCAACAUGAACCCCACCACCGGCAUCAUCUCUGGCGGCAUGAACGCCAUCCGUAUGGUCAACUUCUUCACCAACCUCGGCCACGCCAACGUCGUCAUGACCUGCGGUGGCGGCUCAUACGGCCACGUCGACGGCCCCUCGGAGGGCGCCAAGUCCUGCCGACAGGUCCGCUGACCUGACCACACCAUCACAACACAAUCGUCCCACGAGCGCCCAGUGGCCACCAGCAACAUGUUGUGUUGUGUUGUGUUGUGUUGGUCGUUGAUUGAUCAGGCCUGGCUGUGCUGGAAGGAGGGUGCCGAUCCCCUUGAGUUCGCCAAGCGCCCCGAGAACCGCCAGUACGCCCGCGCCUUCAUUUCCUUCGCCGCCGACUCUGACCAGAUCUACCCCACCUGGAGGAAGGAGCUCAGGGGCAUCCAUGACAUCACCGGUGAGUCGUCAAGAAAGACACGGGCCAUACGCGCACACGUCGGUCGACCCCUGAUCAUGUGACUGACCCACGUGUGUGUGUGUGUGUGUGUGCGUGCAGGCGAGGAGGGUAUGGAGAAGAUGGAGCAGGUGCUCAAGGUGGACAUGGGCCGCAGUCAGGCAGUGGCCAAGGGCGUCCAGGCCUUCGACGCCUGGGGCAACUAGCUGGCUGCCUGCCUGCCUGCCUGCCUGCUUCUCUUUUCCCCGCCCGUCCUCCUUUGUCACUCACCUGACCUCCCUCACCCACACAUGACAUGCUUGCUGAGUACUGUGAACAACUGCGUGCAUGCUUCUAUGGACACACCACCCACACACACAUCAUCCAUCCACUGGCUGCCUGCCUGCCCGCCCACACACCCCUCUGUCCGCUUGUCUGUCUGUCUCGCGUGUCCUGCCUACCCUAGUGUGCCUGGCUGCCUCGAUCGACUGCCUCGUCUCGUCUCUACUACUUGCUGAUGGGCUGAGAUGAACCGAACUGACCAUCUGAUCUUUUUUCGCUUUGUGGCUGCUCGGUCCCUGUCUGCCCGUCUGUUCGCCUGUCGGUCUGUCUGUCUGUCUGUCUGCGUGGAUGUGUCAACGAAC